CAAGAUGCCGAGAAGCUAAUUGGAGUCUGCUAACGAAAAGUUGGGUCAACUCUCGGUCUCCGGAGAGGGUGAGUCCAACAAGGAUGACUCUGCUUCUGAUGCUCUCAAGGCCGAGCAUGCCGCUGAAGUCGAGCGCUUGACUGCAAGUCACGAGCAGGCGCUCAAGGCAUUGCAGAUGCAGCUCGAAGAAGCGGACACUAAGCGGAAGGAAUUGGAAGAAAAGUCGGUCCAGGACCUUGAUAACGCUGCGAAAUCCGCUGCUGAGCAGGGUGACGACAAGACUGCUGCUGCUUUUGAAGAACUGAAGGAGUCCCACCAGGCCCAGCUGGCGGCACUUGAGAAGGAGCUGUCUGAACAGAAGGCCUCUGCAGCCGAGUACGGGGAGGAAGUCAACACCCUCAAGCAGGAGCUCGAAACUCUCAAGGUCACUUUCCAGGAGGAGAAGGCUAUGGCUCUCGAAGGUCUGGAGCGGGAACUCAAAGGACGCGAUCAGGUCAUCGAGAAUCUGAACACGGAGAUGCAGCGAUUGGACGAUACCAAGGAACAGGAGGUGCGCACCGCUGAGGAGAACGCUAAGCAAACCGUCUCGGGUCUUGAGGAGAAGGUCGCAUCGCUCGAAGCCAAACUCAGUGAAAUUGAACCCGCAGACGCAGAAAAGAAGGUUGAUGAUGAGGCCUCGUCGCCAGAAGCUGUGGCUGAGAAGGAGAAGGAGGUUGCAGAGCUCAAGCAGGCCUUGGAGAAGCUCCAGAGUGAGCUCGAAGAGACCCGCGCAACGGCCGCUACAGAAUUGAACGAGAAACUCAAGGAGUUGGAGUCCAACCACGAAGCAGCAAUUGCCAAGCUCAAGGCCGAACACGAAGAGGCUCUGGCCUCUGCUGCUGCAUCCCACGCGCAGGAAUUGGCUGUGGCCAAGGAGGCUGUCGAAUCGUCUGACUCUACCGCCAAGUCCCAGGAGCUCCAGGAGCUUCGCGAGGCACUCGAUGCCUCCAAUGCGGCUGCGCUUAAGGGACGGGAAGAAGCUGUCAGCGAAAUCAAGACUGCGCACGAGGCGGAACUGCAAUCGCUCCAGCAGAAGCUUGAGACGUCCGAGCAAUCCUUGACCGACGCCAAGCAAUCUGCCGAAGAGGGUGCUAGCUCCGGCCAGGAGGUCGAAUCCCUCAAGGAGAAGAUCGCGGCCCUGGAGUCUCAACUGUCGACCGGCGAGGAGACUGCCCAGAGUAAGCAGCAAGAAGCAGAGGCACUGCAACAAAACCUCUCCGCUCUUGAGGAGAAGGCCAAGGCCAACGAGGAGCGGGCUGCUGCCGCGGAGAAGGCGCUCGAGGAGCACACCCAGCAAACUACUGGCGCCACUGAGGAUCACUCGCAGGCCCUGGAGGUGUUGAAGGCAGAACACACCGCGGAGCUCGAGAAGGUCCGGGCUGAGGCUUCCGAAUCUCAUGAGGGUGCCCUGCGUGAUAUUCAGUUGAAGCACAACGACCUAAUGUCCAAGCACCAGGACUUGGAAUCUAACCAUGGACAAAAGGUGGAGGCCCUCGAGGCCGAGUUGAAGACUGUCCUGGAACGCCACACGGGUGAGAUUGCCUCGCAGACCGAGCUCCGGGAGAAGGAGGCCGCGGAACUCCAGCAGCAGUUUGAAGAGACCAAGGCCAGCUUGCGCGCUGAAGUGGAGGCAGCUCAGUCAUCCAAGACUGCGGACGCCGAAGCUGAGCACAGCAAGGCCAUUGAGACGCUCCUUGGCGCUCAGGAAGAGAAGAUGUCUAAGCUCCGUGCCGAUCUCGAGUCGUCCAACCAGGUCAAGCUCGAUGAGCUCCAGAAGUCUCACGACGAUGUGUUGGCUGAGAUUAAGGGUCAGCUGGCUGAGGCUCAGUCCGCAGCCCAGGACACCUCUGUGCUUGACGGUCUCAAGUCCACGAUUGCGGACCUCGAGCACAAGCUGGCUGAGGUUGAGGCGAAGUCAAACGCUGCCGGUGAUGAAUUGGCCACCAAGCACAGUGCUGAGAAGGCUGAGUUGGAGCAGAAGGCCCAGACUGCCAACGCGCAAGUGGAAGAGCUCCAGAAGUCUCUCGGUGCAUCCGACAGUGCCAGGGCUGAGAUCGAUAACGUCCUGAACCAGCUUGCGGCCUCGCAAGAGGAACUGACCCAACUGAAGACUAAGAGCGAGGCUGCCAGCAACGAGCUUGAACAGUCCAAGACGCAAACCCGGAACUUCGAGGAGAAGCUCGCCCAGGGCGAGAAGGACCUGAACGACCAGAUCGACAAGAACAUGUCGCUGCUGAACCAGCUGGGUGAAGUCGACUCGGCAAUCGCAGCCAGCCGCAAGCGUGUUCGCGAGUUGGAAGCCGAGGUGGCCGGACUGAAGAGUGGUGCCAAGGGCCUCGAAAGCAGUCGAUGGGCGCCAGAGAACAAGGAGGACGCUGGUCCAGCCGCAACGGAAGGUGAGGACCUCGGUUCAUCUAUUGAGGGAACGAUGGCCAGCCUUCAGGAACAACUUAAGUUUAUUCGAACGACCAACGAUGACUGGUGCGAUGAACACAGACGACUCGUCACCGACCUCGUGCACUUAUCCGAGAAAGUCACCGGCGAGAACAGCCACCCGUCGACCCCCCGUCCUGAGCUGAUGUUGCGAAGCGGAAGUGAGCGAUCUGGGGAGACAUCGUCGUAACCGGUCAUGUUGGAGGAGAUGGUGAACGGUGAAUGGUGAAUGUUUUGGGAUGGUUUAAAUAAUAAUUUCCUUUGUAUCAAUUAGACUUGUAUGUGUGUACAUGUAAUAUCGAGAUGAUGCUCAGCCAUGCUUCCACUCUUUGGAUUCAGGGUUACCCCUGGUGUUCUGGAUUGUAAAUACUCGGAUACCUUUCCUAAUCUCGGGUUUCAGAUUUGCAACAUAUCCUGUAUAUCACGCUUCUACGGACAAACGGGAGUGCAUCCCGACCUAAAAAUACACCAGUGUCGAC